ACUCCCCGAAACCACCAAAGUAUCAUGCCAUCCUCUAUUUUCCCUCUCUCUCUCUCUCUCUCUCUCUCUCUCUCUGGGUGACUCCGUCUCUCUCCCUCUCCUAAACAAGGAAACCCCUCGUUCCUCCAUACUCUCCAAGGAGGAGGAGGAGGAGGAGGAGGAGGAGAAGAAGAUAAAGAGCAAUUAAAACAGGCGCGAUUAGGAAAGGGAAUUGAUAAAAGCACGCAGGCAAUGCAGCAGAGAGAGUUAAUGGAGCUGGACCUGGAUAAGGUACGCGCGAUUCGCGUGCUCGGGCGCGGGGCCAUGGGCACGGUGUUCCUCGUGGCCGAUCGCUCCAGCUCCUCGUCGUCCUCGGGCCUCAAGUUGUUCGCCCUGAAGGUGUUCGAGAAGGGUUGCGGGGGUGCGGCGGCGAAGAAGCCCGGCGCGGACCGGCGCGCGCGGUGGGAGGUGUCGGUGCUGUCGCGGCUGUCGCACCCGUUCCUGCCGAGGCUGGUGGCGGGGCCGGUGGAGACCCCGGAGCUGCUGGCGUGGGGCCUGCCCUUCUGCCCCGGGGGGGACCUCAACGCCCUCCGCCACUCCCUCUCCGACCGCGUCUUCUCCCCCUCCGCCAUCCGCUUCUACCUCGCCGAGCUCGUCUCCGCCCUCGCCCACCUCCACUCCCUCGGCAUCGUCUACCGCGACCUCAAGCCCGAGAACAUCCUCCUCGGCGCCGACGGCCACGUCAACCUCACCGACUUCGACCUCUCCCGCCACCUCCACCGCUCCCCCAAAACCCCGGCCCCGGCCCCCUCCUCUUCGCCUCUCCCGGCUCCUCCCCGCUCCUCCCACCGCCGCAACCUCACCCGCAUCCUCUUCGCCUCCGCCGAUCCCCACGGCGCCGCCCUCAAGAAGGCCCGGUCCGCGCGCGUCUCCCCCGUGAGCCGCCGCCGCACCAGCUUCGAGACGGAGGGCGAGGGCGCGGCGGAGACGGAGCGGUCGCACUCGUUCGUGGGGACGGAGGAGUACGUGUCCCCCGAGGUGGUGCGCGGGGAGGGGCACGAGUUCGCCGUGGACUGGUGGGCCCUGGGGAUCCUGACCUACGAGAUGGCCUUCGGCAGGACCCCCUUCCGGGGCCGCAACCGCAAGGAGACGUUCCGCAAGGAGUUCCCGGGCAAGCAGCGCUCCGACCUCACCGACCUCAUCGCCCGCCUCCUCGCCAAGGACCCCGCCCGCCGCCUCGGCUUCCGCUCCGGCGCCGACGACCUCAAGGCCCACCCCUUCUUCCGCGGCGUCCGCUGGGACCUGCUCACCGCCGUCGCCCGGCCCCCCUACCUCCCCCCCCUCGACGACCUCGACCGCCACCUACUCUCGCCCGCCGACGGCUUCGACGUCAGGGACUACUUCAAACGCCUCCGCCACGCCCCGCCGCCCCCGCCGUCCGACACGCCGUUAGAUUCCUCCGCCUCGUCGUCGCUAACGGACUUCUGAGUUUCCGCCCGCGGAGAACGCGCGCGGCCGUUCAAAACAAAAAAAAAACAAAAAACAAAACAAAACAAAACAAAAAGAAUGCUUGUUUUAAAACUUUUCUAAGUUUGGAGGAAGCCCAAUUUUGGGCUAGCUGUAGAUAUUUACUGCUUGAGAAAAAAAAAAAGAAAAAGAAAAAGAAAAAGAAAAAGAAAGAUCCCGAGACGUUCGUUGCGGGGGUCGUUGGAGGGGCGACGUUGUAAUUAAGGGGUAAUUUAGGGGUGUUUAAGAAAAUUUUGUAGAGGCGCCGUGCGCGCACGUGCAGCGUGCCUUCCGCGGCGCAGCAUGCUGUAGUUGUACUUUGGUUGUGAUAUUCCGUUGCCACAGUUCCAAGGAAUGAAUCACAUCAGAUCCCCAAGGUUUCGACGCAAAUA